UUUCACUAAACUUGUUUAGUCUUAGAGGUGCUACAUCAUGGCACGCAUGCCCAACUUUGGCUUUCUUACAGCCAUCCAUCCAGCACACAGUCAGCUAUGUGUCUAGAAAUCUACUUGAGUCACUUCUAGGUCACCAACUAUUUCAGAUAGUGUUCAAGAACCGCGAAGGUUACAUUUUUAAAUAGUGAAGUGGGGGAAAUAUUUGAGGUCAUGGGAAACUCAGAGAGCGUUUGGUGGAUUGUAGUGGAGUGUGCCUGCAGGAUCCUUGGUGUUUCUACGGCAACAGUGUUGUGUGCUGUGGGAGUGGAGACUCUUCAUCACGGUGAAUUCAACAGCCUCGGCAUCUACCUAUUAGUGUCAUCUGUUGCCAUCAUGAUGUUGGAGCUGGCGUAUUUCCUGGAUGCUCUUCUGUUCAUGUGUCUGCCAUGUCCUCCAGACUGGCAGGUGUUUGUUUUGUGGGGAAAGAUGGCUCGCAUUGGAGGCUUCCAUAAAUUCCUCUACUACUCCAUAAUGUCAGUGGUUUGCUUCUUGCACCCUGUGUUGGUGUGGCAUGCAAUUAUCCCAGGGACAAUGCUUCUGGUAACAGCCUUUUUCAACUUCAUACUGAGCAAGAAAACAAAGAUUAAGUCUCCCAAAAGCCCACAAGAGAACCACAGCAACCAAAGCCUGACAACGGUGUGUGUGACAGAGGGAGCCUCAGACAGCAAUUUUGCAUUGCUCCACAUAGGGACAGGAAGAAGAGGAGGGGAACUGGGUCUCACAACCAGAGACCGCUGCCUCAGCCCGGGAGAGAGAGGAGAGAGCGUGCAGGCCAUGCUGGAGCUGGAGCAGACAUCAGCACCUAAAGCCACAGACAGGCAGAGGAGGAGAUGGAAAGAAAGGAGGCUGAUAUGCUUUAGAAAUAGGGAGGAGCCAGUGGAGAGAGAGAUGGAGGAGAUGGACUGCUACAGUGAACCAGAGCCAGACACCACCUCAGACACUGCACCUAUGAUUGCAGACUGAACAUCCCUCUGAGCUCAGAUUGAGCUCCUCAGCUUACUGAUAUCACACAAAGGAGAGCAUGUGCAAUGUAUUCAUACUGACUGAGUGCUGGUGCUACACGGGGCCAGACUUUUAGCUGAAAAUAACAUUACAAAAUGUUCGACCAGCCAAAAUGAGACAUUGUGAGUGUUCCAUAAUAAGGUACUGUGUAUUUUGUGUAAUUACACAAGUAAAAUGUGAGGAUUAUUAGAUUUUUUUUAUUAAUUGUUUGACUGAUUUGCAUUACAUUUGUGCA